AUGGACAUGCACAACAUCAGAAAAUUGUGGUGCUUAGUACUUCUGAGGAACUUCCCUAUGCUGUAUGUAUUCAUUUGGACACUACGUGAUGUGUGCCAGCUAUGGCUCUGGAUGCUUGUUUGGGUUUUUACUGUAAAAUGAUAGGUCACAGGAAAGUAGAGAGAGACAGGAAGAAAAGGAGAGCUGAAAGACAAAAGGAAACAGAUGAAGAACCAGCCCUAAAGAAGACUGCCAGCAUGGUACUCAGUAGUGAUGAAUCUGAUUGGGCUGAUGAGGCACCAAUCAGUUUCACUUCAGAUCUCUACAUUCAGAGGCUGGAAGAACAAGCCCAUGAAGUCCAACAAAAGCGGAAGCAAGACUGUUCUGUGCUUACUGGAUACAUUACUAAGAACUAUAAUGUACGACAACACCUUGAAGCCAUCUGCACAGGAAAGUUGGAGUCUCCAUGGGAAACAGAAAAAGCCCAAAAGCCGAUGGUUCAUUUUGAGGAUGAUGAGCAGAUGGAUGAAGUCUUUGCAUUUCUGUCUGGCAUUGUGAAGAAUACGGCUGAAGCCAGGCAACUCACGGAUGAGAUUUCCUUCAUCCUGGAUGUGCUUCUACCAGAAGCAACAAUACACGCUCUUGCAGGGGUACACUCCCUGUCUGAAGAAGCAGCAAGGCAGAUGUAUCUGCGUGGACCACAGUAUGAAUGGAGUGAAAGAAAUGAUUUGACAACCAGGUUAUCAGGAGUUUAAGAGGAACCUGAGGAGACACUGCUGUUUACUCUGUUUGAUUUUUCUUCAAGGAUUUGUAAAUAAUGUAAAUAAAAUAAACCAUUUCCCCCAUAUUUAUCUGGGUUGGUUGUUUCUGAUGUGAAUUUAAUGGUGUUUGUUGGAGAGUAAAAUAACAUUUCGCACACCUGUAACAUGUAACAAAUUUGUAUGUCUUAAUUCAACUUUAAACACUACCAAACUUUUAAAUAACAAUA